UGAAUGUGCAUAAACUCGUUCGCUUUCGUUUUAAAACAUGCCCUAUUUAAUAAGUCAGACGAGCGCAGUGCGUAAUUUAACAUGACUGGUUGCCUGGUUUAUUGCGUGUAGCAUAAAAUAUGUAAAAUACCAAGUUAAUAUGUACUGAUAUUAAAUUGCAUUUUUUUGUGUUUAAAUUUAUAAAAAAAAAACGAACAGAAUAGGUUGCCUAAACGCCAACGCACUUUCGCUCUUGCGUGUGCGAGCCUUGGACAGCCUUGGAGAAGAUGGAGAGGGCAAGUGCACGCGGCCGGGACGCGCGCUAGUAGUGGUAGUGUACACGUUGGAGCGCGGACGCGGUGUCUGCCAAAACAUAGGGCCAGCUGGUGCGCCCGAAAGUCGUGCCCUUACCCGCCACCAGCAUGUCCGGCCCCAAGCAGACGAAGGAUGUCUUCUCGGUGCUUGUCCUCUGCCUGUUAUGGUACGUCGUCAGCUCCAGCAACAAUGUCAUUGGGAAGAUGGUGCUCAGCGAGUUUCCCUAUCCUAUGACGAUGACGAUGGUCCAGCUGCUCUCAAUCACCAUAUACAGUGGGCCUCUGUUUAAUAUGAUGGGUGUGCGUAAGUACGUAGACAUCUCCUGGGAUUACUACUUCAAGUUGAUUGUUCCACUUGCAUUCGGCAAGUUCUUCGCCUCGGUCUUCUCGCACGUCAGCAUCUGGAAGGUGCCUGUUUCCUAUGCUCAUACAGUCAAGGCAACAAUGCCUUUGUUUACUGUGAUCUUAGCUAGAUUGAUAAUGAAGGAAAAACAGACAAUGAAGGUGUACUUAAGUUUAGUACCAAUUAUCGCUGGUGUAGCUGUAGCAACAGUCACAGAGAUCAGUUUUGAUAUGAUUGGCUUGCUCAGUGCUCUUGGUGCCACAAUGGGAUUUUCAUUGCAACACAUUUUCUCAAAGAAAGUGCUGCAUGAUACAGGAGUACAUCACUUACGCUUAUUACAUAUCUUAGGAAGACUAGCUUUAUUUAUGUUUUUGCCUGUGUGGUUAAUAUUUGAUAUGUACAAUCUUUAUACACACGCAUCAGAGGCUUUAUCAGAUACAAGGAUUCUACUUUUAUUAUUUACGGAUGGAGUGCUGAACUUUUUACAAAACAUCAUUGCAUUUAGUGUGUUAUCAUUUGUAACGCCUUUAACAUAUGCAGUUGCAAAUGCAAGCAAAAGAAUAUUUGUAAUUGCAGUGUCAUUGUUUAUCUUAGGCAAUCCAGUGACUUAUACGAAUAUAUUCGGUAUGCUACUUGCAAUAUUUGGUGUUUUGUAUUAUAAUAAGGCUAAAUAUGAUGCGAAACAGCAACAACAAAAAGAAACAAUACUUCCAUACAGUCAGAAGUUAUUUCAUGAUCGAAAUUAUUCGAUCUAUAAUAAUGGCUAUAAUCAUCUCAACGGGCAAAACGGGUAUAACGGUAGUGUCCAAACGAAUGGAAAUGGGGUACCACAUCAGAUGGCCCAGAAUAAUAAUCAUAGUAAUAGCAUGCAUGAUUCGAUGACUGCAACUCGUCAUCAGGCUAAAUCCAAUAUACUUUUUCUCUGAAUCUGGCUUUAACGCGUUUGUCAUCAACGGCUUUUCUUUGACAACUUGAUCGGUGAACAUUGUGUGCUUGCCUGUAAUUAUUUACAAUGAUUAACGUCCUGAUAGCCGUGGAUAAACAUUUUUUACAAUGCAAGAUAAAGUUCUAGGAAAAUACAACUUAGGUAAUUGAAUUAAAUAAAUAUUUAGUAAUGGCGAUCAUCUUAAAAAGCGCGAUUUUGUCGAAAGAGGAAGUGAAGGAUUUUUAAUAAACCACAAAUUCGAAGUUCGUGCUUGGUCUCGCACUAAGAGUGGUACGUAACAUUUGUUAUCUAGUAAUACGCGCGUAGAUAUUGACUAGUAAUUUUUAUCUAUAAAAGAUUUAAAAAUACCGGAAAUAUAUCAAGUCAUAACUUAAAAUUUUAUCAGUGAUUCAUUGGUGAAUUAUUUUUAAUUUAUCUGUGGAUUAGUUGCAAUUGCUAUAAGUAACAGAUAUCAAAGAUUAUUGUUAUAUAAGCUGUAAAUAAGUUUAUGUAAAAUGUUUUCGACUUUGGUUGAUUUUAUUUAUUUAUGUUUGCUCAUGGUUAAAUUAUGAAUCGAUGAUAUCAAUUAAUCAAUUAAUUUGAGGUGAGAUAAACUAAGUUCUUACUUAUUGUACAUUUUGUUUGUGUCUUUAAGUGGUUGGCCAUAAACGGUAAUUUAUUGUAUGUUUAUUAAGUCAAAUUGAAAGUAUUGUAAGAACAUGUCACUUAUGCUUGGCAUGCGUUAAUGCAAAGUAUUUAAAGUACCUUGAAAUCGGAGUGAAGCAUAUGAAGCUUAGUUAAUAUAGUAAUAUAUAAUUUGUAUAAAGUUAUUUUCUUUACGCUAGCAAAUGGAACAAAUGACGGACGAGGAAACAAAUUUUUAAACUUUGAUUGCUGGAAUUUGUUGAGUUGAUGUUAACUUGUAAAUAACGAAAUAAAGAAAAUUAUUUUUGUAAA